AUGGAUGCCUUUGUGACGAGAAAGAAGCGCCCGGCUGACGAGCCGUCGACGAGACUUUGCAAUCGGCCGGGAAUUGACGAUGACGACGCCCCGACAGAGGUCAAGCUGGCAUUGCUGGCCUCGCUGCUGGAUGGCGACAUGGACCAGGACGUGCUGCUGGAUGUAUUGCUGGCCCACGACGGCUCCGUCGCUGCCGCCGCCGAAACGCUCCAGAGAGGACCAGCAGCAGCAGCAGCACGACGAAAGCGGCCGCGUGCCAGCAGUGGUGCCAUCCAGCAGACAUCGCUGCGCGGAUUUGCCACGCAGUCGACGCAGACAAAGCAGGUCCUCCAGGUCCAGCCGCUUCUCUCUCGACGCGGUCGCACGCUGGAUCUCUUCGACCCCGUCGACGUCGAGGCUCACACGCCUUGCACUCUGCUGCACAACUUCUUGCCAGCCGACACGGCCAAUGCGCUGCUGCAUGAGAUGCUGGCCGAGGCACCCUCUUUUGCCACUCCGCGCUUUCAGCUGUUCGAGCAGGUCGUCACGAGUCCCCACACAAUGGGCUUCUUCGUCGAUGACGGCCUGGAUGUCACGUCGGUUCCGACCUCCACCACACCCUACCUCUACAACGGCUCCCGCAUCGACAACGUUCGCCCCAGCACGCCACAGCUGGCCGCUGUCCGCCCCAUAGUUCAGGCCGCCGUCAAUACUGCUGUCCGCCAGCGCAUCGCCGCCCGCUAUCCCGGCGGCUGCAAGCUGCGCCACCAGCAUCCCGGUCCCUGGUGUCCCAACGCCGCCUUUGUCAACUGCUACAGCGGCCCUCAGCAGUCCGUCGGCUGGCACAGCGACCAGCUUACCUACCUUGGCCCACGCGCCGUCAUCGGGUCGCUGUCCCUCGGCGUCACUCGCGAAUUUCGUAUCAGCAUCCAUCUUCCCCAUAACUCCCUGCUCGUCAUGCACGCCGAGAUGCAGGAGCAGUGGAAGCACUGCAUCGCCCCCACUACCUCUAUCGACCUUCAUCCUAUCGCCGGCAACAAGCGCAUCAACAUCACCUACCGCCAUUAUCGCCCCGAGUUCCAUCCCAACAACACCCCCCAGUGCCGCUGUCGAAUCUCCGCUGUCCUUCGUGUUGUUAUGAAAAAGAAAGACAACUACGGCCGCUACUUCUGGAUGUGCCAUGCCGGCAACAUCCCUGACAACCCGGGCUGUUCCUUCUUCCAAUGGGCUGAGUUUGACGAUGACGGAUAUCCUAUUUGGAGGCACAAACCACGAGUGGCACUCGAACAGACAGACAGUAACAAAGUCAACUAG